AUUAGUCAAGUAUUAGCCAAGUUAUUCGCGCGCGAUAUUUCGAUAUUCUAUUUAUUAUAUAUUUUUCGAUUUGUCUAACCGUUAAACGUCAUUUGCUUACUAUUUAAUAUUAAUAUUUAUUGAAACGAUAGGGCAGGAUGGUAUAAAAAGUAUAUUUGAAUAAACGAGGAAUGAAUGACACCGACACGUCUGUCCCCGAUAUUUUAUCAGGACGUCGAUCGAUCUCCUUAUCCUUACACGUUGUCGGAGGUAUCAUUAUCGCGACUAUACUUCUGACCUGCUGCUGUACUAUAUGCGUGAGAAAAAAGUGCGCGAGGAUCAUUAAUAAGCUCACAUGGAGGAAGAAGAAAGAGAAAUAUCUUCCUUCUGAUAUCGAGGAAGGACGAAAGAAGCGAGUGAAAAAAUUGCGGAGAAAAAAGAAAAGGAUUCUUUCGCCAGAAUUGAUGCAGACGGAGGUCACCGCGCCGAUCAUCCCCAAAGAACGGGAGAUAUCGGAAAAUGGAUCGCCGACCGCUUGUCACAAAUGUUACAGAAAAAAGAAGAGAAGACCCAAGAGACAGAUACGAUGACAUAUAAAACGAGACAGAUACGAGAGAAAGAUCAAUCGAUAAGUAAACGCGUGAAUAUUUUUGAAAAAAAUCUUUGAAAAAUCGCGUGAAGAAAUCUCGAUAUGACAAAAUGACGAUUUUUUCCUUUGUUUUCGUUCACGCAAGUCUCCCUCCUCUUCUCUCUUUCUAACCUCUUGUUUGAUGAAAAAUGCCAUUUUGGGCGAUCGGUAUUUACGUUACGAUCGGUGCGAUCAUUUUCGGCUCAACGGUUCGCGCCACGAUAGACGUGAAUCUCAGCGAAUUGGAGUAUCUCGCGGCACGACUUGAUCCAUUCGAGUGCCGGCGAUUGAUUGCCGCGCUUCAUUACACAACUUACGACUUGCCGAAGAACUUGGCCGCAGCUGGUUAGCCUCUUUUUGCCCCUCACUGAUAAUGUAUAUCUCAAAAAAAUUUCGCUUUAAAAAUUUUCCAGUUAUUUAUUAAUUAAUUCAUUCAUGUAUCAAAAAUAUAUCUAACGCUCGGUUAUUUCCGCGAAUGAAAGAGCGUAAAGUAGAUGAGGAAAUCUCGUGUCUGCGUCACUUGCUCCAUUGGAAUAGCUUUCCCGGGGAAGGCAGGGGAAAGACGCACGCGGCAAUAGUACAUCGUCUUCGGCAGCUAAAUCGCAAUGAUCUCGCCGAUUGGCUCGGUAAAACUGCCUUCAAACAACUGGGAAAGGAUCUGGACGAUGCUAUCGCGCCAUCCUUCGAGGAUCUCGUCGACGAGGAAAUGGAAACCAGCACGUCGGCAUUCCAACGUCAUUAUAAUUACACUCAGGACUGUGCAAAAUAUACUUCAUGUACAAAAUAAUACGCGAAAAGUACUUUUCAAUCGUAAAGUAUAAAACAAAGCGAAGAGUGAAGUAAAUUUAAACGCAGAUAAAAAGUGAACAACAUGCGAAUGAUUUAAAUAUCACACAAGAGAAAGCAUUUCUUAUCAAAUACACACACGCACACACACACACACACACACAUUUAAAUACAAAAAUAAAUCUCUACUCUCUUAAGUGCGCUAAACAAGUACUUGAAAUAUAUUGCCUAGCUCUGACUGUAAUCUAAUCUCUUUACCUUGACCCUUCUGUGCCCUGGUUCUUUUUUUAAUGUAGAGGCUAUCUCGAUAUCUUCUAUACAUGAAAAUCUUGUAAUACGAGACAAGAGAGAGAGAGAGAGAGUUUAUACUCUUUGAAAAUAUUUUAGAAGUGUAUCUUUAUGUGUGCAGUAACAUUUUUGCUUCUUUACAACAGUUAAGUCUAUUGUCUGGACUCGAGAGGAAGAUCCUUGGUUGUCGAUUGAUACAGUUCUCAUGGCGCUCAUGCUUGGACUGUUAGGAACAUUAUUCGUUUUAAUUCUGGCCAUUAUUAUACACACCAUCAAGAGUAACAAAAAUUAAACUCCGCGUGUAUGUUCCUCUCGAGAUUUAAGUAAAGUUUGUACAAUAUAAAAAUAUGUCUAUUAUAUAUUAAAAAGAAAAUAAAUUAAUAAAAAAAUGUCGCUUUCCUGAUUUUCAGUUUGUUAUUAGCAUCUUCUAUUUUUUGUAAAUAUAACUGUAUAUUAGAUAGAAAAUUAUAUCUCUUUUAAUGUUUUUAUCAAUUUUAUAUAUCUCUCAAGCUCCAUUUAAAGAAUUUUUGAUAUUUUUGAAAAAAAUAGCAAUGUAUGUGUGGAAAACACUAGACGAAAACUAAUUUUAUUACAAUAUAAUUAUCUUAAAACAAUAUAUAACUUUUUUCUUAUUAAAAGUGAACAGAUAUGGUUCUAAUAUUACAAUAUAUAAUGAAUAUGAUAACAGACUAGUAAGAAGCGCCUUCUUAUAAGCGCAACAAAUUAUCUUCAAGAAAGUUAAUUAUGUAUCAAAAUAAUACGUGUUGGAUCUGUUUCGGAGCAUCAAUACCAACUGUUAACAAAUUAAUACAUGUCAUAGUGAAAUGCAUAUCGAAUUAUUAUGCAUAGAAAAAUACACAAAAUAAAAAAAAAAUCAUGCGUUCUGACUUCCGAGAACUCUUAAUGAUUUCUCUUAAUGAUUUCAAUGAUUGUGGAGAACACUUGUUAAAAAUUUAAAAUCCGCGUUCAUUACGUCAUUCCUCUACUUAUGUUUGUUGGCAAUUAUCUAUGACUGUUCUACUUAUAACAUCACAUAUUUAUGAUGUAACGAACACUCGAGUCAAUCCAUCUGACGGUUGCGUUUCCGAUUUCUUCGAUCCUCCAUCUUCUGUGAUCUUUGAUGAAUUACCUCCUUUUUAUUGUAUCUUUUUCGUUCUUCUAACGUAUUGUAUUAAUUUUUUAACGUACUUACACGAAGAUGUUUUCGUAAUAUUUGGCUAUUUGAAAAUGAUUUCAAACUAUUGCUUUUGUGAAUCUCCCUCCCUAACGACCGAUAAGAGGCUUGCAACGCUUGAUAAGUUGAAUCGUUAAGUGUUUUUGAAUGCCAAGAGGCGCAUAAUUUUUAAAUUUUGCAUAUGUUUUUUUCUAUGAAUGAUUUUAUAACUUGAGCUGCAUUACUGUAAUAUAUAUUAUUUUUUAACAGUUGCUGAAGAUGGUGCGAAACCGGAACGAAUUGUACUAUUUUUGGAUAAUUGAAUUUGCUUAAAAAUAAUUUUCUGUCUGGCUUUUAUUAGCCCGUCAGCGCAUUCGUUUUCUGCUGAAUAAUUUCUGCCUGAGACAUUUAGGAAAGAAGUUAAUAUAGAUGAGCAACUUUUGGGUGAAUCACCCUGUAUAUUCUUAUGUAAAACUCUUAAAACACAACGUACAAUAUAUUUACAUGAAAAAUGUUACAUACGAUAAAGUUGCGCAAUCUUUUAGAAUAGUUUUUUGUAAACAUCAAAGCCGACUUAGGUUUAAUUAUAUAUAGAAAUAGUGGGAAGACAUAGUUAAACCCUAGUCACUUUUGCCUAACGCUUACGGAAAUAAUUCAUACUCGCACAAGUCGUUUAAAUAUGUGUAUGAAUCAUAAUAAUUUUACUCGAAAUAACAUCAAUAAUAAUAAAAUAUAUUAAUGAUAAUGACUACGUGACAAUGACCAUCACAAUGACAAUGAUAAUGACAAUAACAACGCUAUAAUGAUUAGUUGUUGAUAGUGUUAUCGCUAAUAGUGAUAAUAGACUAUAGAUUUAUGACUUACGGCUUCGAGACGCGCGUAAAGUUGUGACUGCAAAAUUAAUCAUAAUUUAAUGGUAAUAAGACACUACUUAUAUGAUAAUAACGCGUUACUGCGUAUCCGUGUGAAACUUAUGACAGUUAAUUAUUAACUAUGUAGUCGCAUUCGAUUUGUUGAAAAUGCACAACUAAUGUUAUAGCAUAGCCGUUAUCUGUUAGUUUGGCUGAUCUGGUUAGCCCUAUCACAUUAACAUUAUGCUUCGUAGAUAAGAUCCGUAUCUUAAUGGAAAGUACUUAUAUAUAUACAUAACGCGUAUUUUAUAAGCAAACAUGUGAGUGAAAUUGUAAUUAACUCGCUAUUGAAUCAUCAGAUGUAAAAUUUAUCUGAUUUUACAUUUGUUAAUUACGUUCGUAAUUGAUAAUUGGCCAGAGAUGUAUAAUUACUAAUUAUAAUUUACAAUUAAAAAUAUAAUUUGUGAGAGAUUGAUGGUCGAUAUGUGCUAAAAAAAUAUAAAUGUGUAAUUAUUGAUUGAUUAAUAUCGAUUGCAAAGGCACUGCAACGAUACGAUCGAUUGCCAUUUUGUCAAAUGACGUGCAUUUGCUAUCUGGGCAUUUACGUAUUAAAAUAUAUAGGGUUUAUCUUUUACAUAAUUUUUACGGACGGAACAAUGUGAGCAAAAUGUAGGUUGCGAAAGAUGACAUAACUGCUAAAAAAUUAAAAUAACGUGUUAUUAAUUUCAUAAAGUAACAAUAAUAAUAAUGCAAUAAUAAAAUAACAGAAAUAAUAAUAAUAAUAAUAAUAAUAAUAAUAAUAAUCUGUCGAAAGAUAUUCUAUAAAAAAUAAUAGAUUUAUGGGAAUUGUAAAAUAUUAAGAGAUAGUAAUAUCUAACAACCAUAUAACAAUGGUGUGCUAUGUAGGAAUGAUAAUGGUAUAGCAGUAAUAGUAAUAGGAAUUAAUAGUAGGAGUGAUAGUUUUAGUAGCAAUAGCAAUAAUAGAUAAUAGUUCUAAUAAUAAUGAUAGUAACAGGGUAGUAUUAGUAGCAAAAAUAGUAUAGUGGUAAAAAUAAUAAUAAUAAUCGUGAUAAUGAUAGCCGAUAUAUCUUGUGCUAGAUUGAGAGAUAACAUUGAUAAAAGAAUAAAUUAAUGACAAUUUGACGAUCAAUCAGAAGAAAAUCGCAAUAUGAAUUUACACAACCAUGUAUGUUUUAUUUUCGCCAUACAAUAUAAAUAUUUUCUGAAUGUGUUUUCGAUAUAUUCCAUAUGUACCACGAAACGUGUAUCUAUUUGAACGAAUACACGUCAUUGUAGUAAAAGAAAAGCGAGGCUACACAGAAGGAAAAGAAAGAAACAAAAGAAAAAGGUGUGGAAACAAAAAAAGAAGAAAAAAGCGAGGAAAUAUAAUAAAAUAUAAUAGAAUGCAUAUAGAGAGAUGAUAAAAGAGAAAAAGAGAUGAUAUAGUGUAUGUUUUAGAUAUUUAGAUUAUAUGUAUACACAUUUUCAGAUUUUAGCGCAUAAUCUUUCAACAAAGAUCUUCCUUAAUAAAUCGGAAGUCGAGAUGUGUCAUUCUCAGAUAAAAUUUUUCAAAGUAAGAA